ACCAACAAAAAACCGUUUGCUUGUAGUUUAUGCUCGAGCUCCUUUUCCAAGAUUCUCAAUCUUAGAAAUCACCAGCUGGCACAUUCAGGAGUCCGUCCAUUUGCGUGUCGACUAUGCACUUUGUCAUUUACUAGACUUCAUGAUCUUAAACGACAUGAACUACUCCAUAAAGGAGAUCGACCGUUUCAAUGUUCAUUUUGUCAUCGUACAUUUGCUCGACAAGACGCUUUGAACAGACAUUAUCGA